CUGAAAAAUGGCCUAAUAUGCAGCACCAACAGACUCAUUUUUUCUCUUCAGCUGGCAGUCAGUCCAACAGCCAACAAUUUAUGCCAAUGUUGAUGAACCUUCAAUCAAUCAGAUAUAGAAUUUUGCUCCAUCCCAGCAUAUGCAGGGGCCUUUGAGUGCAUCAGUUGCACAAAAUCCUCAAGCUGUCUCGAAACCUUUCCAGGAUGUCACGUCUGCUGUUUCACCACAGCAUCCCCCUACAGAAGCAAAAGCAAGUGGAAGGCAUGAACUACCUGCGGAUCUAUUUACUGCAACCUAUCCUGCAGCUUCACCAGGAUGGCAAACCGCUUCACCACGUGGCAUGGGGUUCCCUAUGCAAUAUAAUUCUGCAGUGCCAACAUCUACUUUUCCACAGUCAACUAGGUUGAUAAACCCAUUUGAUCUUGGCGGUGAAGUACCUCAACCCCAAACUCAAACAUCCUUUUCAACGGCUUCCUUACAAGGUGCCUUACCGAAUGCCCCUCCUCAUCCUGGCCUACGGCGCACUUCUAGCCUUGGUACUCCAUAAUCAGCAUGGAUGCCAUCUCAAUCUAUACCUUACGCAUCAGGGAUGCCAUCACAAUCACCGACUGAUUCAUCAGAAUUGCCACCAAGGACAUACUCAGGAGCUCAAUUACCUGGUAACUUGCAACAACCCAGCCGUCAGGUUGGAGACAUAGUCAGUGAGGCAUCGUAUGGUUUUAUAAAUACCGAUAGA